AUGCAGUUUGCCGCUGUGGUUCUGCUGGCUCUUGUCCUCAUGGGGUGCUGUGUCCAGGAGGUGGUGCUGGAGGACAGAUUGAAGGAGUGCAAUGCUGGCAUUCCUGGGAUCCCCGGCUCCCCUGGGUUACACGGGCCAGCUGGCAGGGACGGCAGGGAUGGGAAUCCGGGACACCACGGAGAGAAGGGAGAGCCAGGGCCAAAGGGAGAGAAGGGCCUCGAGGGCCACCCUGGAAAGAUGGGCCCCCACGGAAUGAAAGGAGAAAAAGGAGAGUCUGGACAACCUGGAGAGGCAGGUCCAGCUGGACCACCGGGAUUGGUGAAAUCGCAGAUCGUCGCCUUCCAUGUUGGGCUGUCAUCGAGCAAACCCCCUGCAGACUCCCCCAUCAAAUUCACCAAGAUCUUCUACAACGACCAGCGGGCCUACGAUGCGGCUAAAGGGGAGUUCACAGCACCGUGGAGCGGGCUGUACUUCUUCACAUACCAGCUCACUGUAGUGAGUGUGAACGUUAAAGUGACCCUGAGGAAGAACGGCGAGGUGGUCCAGUACACGCAGUGUGAUGACCUCGGAAAGACCAUCCAGGCAUCGGGAGCCGCGGUCAUCAGCCUGCGCAAAUCUGACAGAGUCUGGCUGCAGGUGUACGACAGCUCUUACAACGGUUUGUAUGUAGACAGUAAUGACGAUACCACUUUCACAGGCUUCCUGCUUUAUCUUUUAGACUGCAGCCAGCUGGUGAAGGCUGGCUGGUCGCAUUUGUCUCCUGUGGAUGGCGCUGGUGAUUUGUUUGAGAAGAUGCCUGGAGUCGCUGUGCUGCUGUGUGUCGUGGUGCUGGUGGAGAUGGGGACAGUCCUUUCCAUCGAGGAGAAGCCAUGCCAGCCCUUGAUACCUUGCACUCCUGGGGCACAAGGCCCACCGGGGGUACCCGGCAGAGACGGGCGAGACGGGCCGGCAGGACCCCCAGGCGCGAAGGGGGAGCCAGGUGCACCCGGAGAGAGGGGCCACAGGGGGCCCCCUGGUAAAGCCGGGCCCCCAGGAGCCCUUGACCCUUCCAUUCAGGGAGGAAGUGCAGCGGAAGUAUGUGCAUUCCACGUGGGUCUGGGGGCGGGAGGUCCCGCUGCCGGGGAGCCUAUUAAAUUCACUAAGGUGAUCUACAAUGAGCAGAAUGCAUACAGCCCUGUGUCCGGUAAAUUCACCGCCCCAGUCCCUGGGCUCUACUUCUUUACCUAUCAGAUCACAGUUUUCAAAAACAGCAUGUGGGUCACGUUGAUGAAGAACAACCAGAAGGUCCAGUACACCUACAUGGCUAACUUGAAGCAGACCACUCAGGCGUCCGGGGCCUCUCUUCUGAAGCUCGGUGUGGGAGAGGAAGUCUGGCUGCAGGUUCACGACUCUCAGAACGGACUCUAUGCAGAUACAAACGACGACACCACCUUCACUGGGUUCCUACUGCAGCAGAUCAGUGGCUAGCAUUCACUCAUCCUGUGCACUAAGAUAGCAAUCACACAGCCUGUAACACUAAGAUAGCAAUCACACAGCCUGUGCACUAAGAUAGCAAUCACACAUCCUGUGCACUAAGAUAGCAAUCACUCAUCCUGUGCACUAAGAUAGCAAUCACACAGCCUGUGACACUAAGAUAGCAAUCACACAGCCUGUGCACUAAGAUAGCAAUCACACAGCCUGUAACACUAAGAUGAAAUCACUCACCCUGUGCACUAAGAUAGCAAUCACUCAUCCUGUGCACUAAGAUAGCUAUCACACAGCCUGUGCACUAAGACAGCAAUCACACAGCCUGUGCACUAAGAUAGCAAUCACUCACCCUGUGCACUAAGAUAGCAAUCACACAUCCUGUAACACUAAGACAGCAAUCACUCAUCCUGUGCACUAAGACAGCAAUCACUCAUCCUGUGCACUAAGACAGCAAUCACACAUCCUGUGCACUAAGAUAGCAAUCACUCAGCCUGUGCACUAAGACAGCAAUCACUCAUCCUGUGCACUAAGAUAGCAAUCACACAGCCUGUGCACUAAGACAGCAAUCACACAGCCUGUGCACUAAGAGUUCAAUGUAAAACAUUCAAAACAAGAUUUCUUUCUUUUUUUUUCUUCCCGUUGUGUGUCAGUUGCCAAUCAUCACUAGUUAUUUAUCUUUGCAUAUAUCUGUAAAAAUGUGUAGUUUUAGAAGAAACUAAAUUAGAUAUUGCACAAUAUAGAACAGUAAUGCUAAAUAAACAGAUACAUUGACUCAGUAUCAUGACGCAUGUAAAGGAAUAGCCAGCACAUAGAUUUACAGUAAACAAAAAUAAAUGACUGUAGUUACCAUGGCAUCAAAAACCUGUAAGCACCGC